AUGAUCAUGGGAGGUGUGAGAGAAUUGCUGCUCUUUGUGGUGACUGUGGGGGUUGUGAAAGUUUCUUGUUACCCUGUUGGAAAGUCCCAGAAGCUAGAGCAAGUCUCUCUGCAGAGGAGACUUGGAGAGCUGUCAUCAAAUGACGUCUCCAUUGUGCAUGCCCUGGCCUUGCUCCGAUCCAUAGGGUCUGACGCUAAACAAGACAGAGAAGAGUAUUUCGAGACUAAUGAAGUAGAAUCCCAAGCUUCUCCAAACCACGGUAGCUCUACGGCAAAUGAUGCCCUGUCCUCUGACGACGCUACCUCUGAAGCUGCCACUGGCCCGUCUGACGACGCUACCUCUGAAGCUGCCACUGGCCCGUCUGACGACUCUGACGACGCUACCUCUGAAGCUGCCACUGGCCCGUCUGACGACGCUACCUCUGAAGCUGCCACUGGCCCGUCUGACGACGCUACCUCUGAAGCUGCCACUGGCCCGUCUGACGACGCUACCUCUGAAGCUGCCACUGGCCCGUCUGACGACGCUACCUCUGAAGCUGCCACUGGCCCGUCUGACGACGCUACCUCUGAAGCUGCCACUGGCCCGUCUGACGACGCUACCUCUGAAGCUGCCACUGGCCCGUCUGACGACGCUACCUCUGAAGCUGCCACUGGCCCGUCUGACGACGCUACCUCUGAAGCUGCCACUGGCCCGUCUGACGACGCUACCUCUGAAGCUGCCACUGGCCCGUCUGACGACGCUACCUCUGAAGCUGCCACUGGCCCGUCUGACGACGCUACCUCUGAAGCUGCCACUGGCCCGUCUGACGACGCUACCUCUGAAGCUGCCACUGGCCCGUCUGACGACGCUACCUCUGAAGCUGCCACUGGCCCGUCUGACGACGCUACCUCUGAAGCUGCCACUGGCCCGUCUGACGACGCUACCUCUGAAGCUGCCACUGGCCCGUCUGACGACGCUACCUCUGAAGCUGCCACUGGCCCGUCUGACGACGCUACCUCUGAAGCUGCCACUGGCCCGUCUGACGACGCUACCUCUGAAGCUGCCACUGGCCCGUCUGACGACGCUACCUCUGAAGCUGCCACUGGCCCGUCUGACGACGCUACCUCUGAAGCUGCCACUGGCCCGUCUGACGACGCUACCUCUGAAGCUGCCACUGGCCCGUCUGACGACGCUACCUCUGAAGCUGCCACUGGCCCGUCUGACGACGCUACCUCUGAAGCUGCCACUGGCCCGUCUGACGACGCUACCUCUGAAGCUGCCACUGGCCCGUCUGACGACGCUACCUCUGAAGCUGCCACUGGCCCGUCUGACGACGCUACCUCUGAAGCUGCCACUGGCCCGUCUGACGACGCUACCUCUGAAGCUGCCACUGGCCCGUCUGACGACGCUACCUCUGAAGCUGCCACUGGCCCGUCUGACGACGCUACCUCUGAAGCUGCCACUGGCCCGUCUGACGACGCUACCUCUGAAGCUGCCACUGGCCCGUCUGACGACGCUACCUCUGAAGCUGCCACUGGCCCGUCUGACGACGCUACCUCUGAAGCUGCCACUGGCCCGUCUGACGACGCUACCUCUGAAGCUGCGACCGGCCCGUCUGACGACGCUACCUCUGAAGCUGCGACCGGCCCGUCUGACGACGCUACCUCUGAAGCUGCGACCGGCCCGUCUGACGACGCUACCUCUGAAGCUGCGACCGGCCCGUCUGACGACGCUACCUCUGAAGCUGCGACAGGCCCGUCUGACGACGCUACCUCUGAAGCUGCGACCGGCCCGUCUGACGACGCUACCUCUGAAGCUGCGACCGGCCCGUCUGACGACGCUACCUCUGAAGCUGCG